AUGCAGCAACUUGCUGAAACACUCAUCAUGGAGCAGCAUGUGGAGGCGUUGUCGCUGCCAGAAGUGGAGUUGGAUGAUGAGGGCCUUAUUACGCUCUUUACACUCAUAACACGACGUGAUCACUUGGGUUCACCAAAUACCAAUUGGGAAACGUGCGACAACGAAAACCAGGCGUUACAGGAAUCAGGCCCCGCAGCAGCUUCUGAAGCCGCUCCUAAUGAUGCACAGACGGAAAAUAAAGAAUCGGCGUCGCCGGAAGCAGGCGCUGCAUUAACGCCAGUCGGUAAAUCAUCCCCAACUAAGACCUUGUGGUUUGGAGUGCGCUGUCUAGACCUCAGCCGAUGCAAGGUAACCGACCCCACGAAUGUAUUCAGUUUGUUUCGUUGCCCGGUACUUGAAGUUCUCGUGCUACCUCCUAGUAACCAGUUGGGUGAUGUUCACCUGCGUGGUAUUCUAGAAGGGUGUCCCCACCUGCACACGAUCGAUAUUUCGGGUAACACAGCGUUGACUACUGCAUGCGUAAAGUACAUUGGCCGACACAGCACCAUUAAAGUGCUCCGCCUUGAGAACUGCCCCGGAAUCGACCAAUUGGAUUUGCCCAACGUUGAGGUGCUUUUCUCCUCCCUUUCCUACGUCAUAAAACUCCAUGCCCCUGAGCUUCGUCGGUUGCCUGUGCCGGUUGUCCAUUCUCGCGUUUUGUUUAACUUUAAGGCUCCAAGAUUGCGGGAGAUCACACUGAAGGGAAUUGUUGUGGACCGUGGUACACUUGACUCCUUAAAGGAAACCGCGGGGGAGGAUAGUGCUUGUGAGCCGAAGCUUGCCCGAAGUGUUCUCUCCUCGUGUGAUAAGUCCGCGUACUCGGACGGACAGAAACAGAGCACUGCGGCAACAAUGCAGCUCCUUUGUGCCGGUUUCAUAGAUUGCACGUUUACUGCUGAAAGUGAAGUGAGAGAGUUCACCAAGAAACAAAAAGCACUGUUGCGGUUCAGUCUUCACGGUUGCAAGGGCGUCGUAGAUGCAAACCUUACGCGCCUUCCUGCUACGUUAAUGGACCUUGAUGUAAGUGACGCUGCACGAUUGACUAACAGAGGCUUAGAAAUAAUUGCCACCACGCUACCACAGCUCAUACGACUGAACCUCAAGAACGCUGGCCCACAGAUCAGUAACGAGGGAAUACGACUUCUGCGCGGACUUGUCAAUCUGGAAGUGCUGAAUCUGCUUCGCCUACCGCAAAUUCUGCCGGAGGUGGUAUCUGCCGUUGCGAACGACCUUCCUUGGUUGCGCAAGUUAUACCACGAGACGGCCGUGGUGGGACCACGUAGUGUGGUGGCAGCAACUUCCGCACCCGUGCAUCUCGACGUGUUGAGAGAAGAUGAUGAAGAUACGACACGAAACGCUGUCGGAGAGUGUGCGAAGGAGUUGCUACAACUGCGCAAUGAAACCGCACUCGCGUUUUGGAUGGAUGCACAACUUCCGAAACCCACGUCACUUAUCCCACCGCGUACUGCAGCAGCGGACAGCAUCGAUUUGAAUGCGCCAAACCCGCCGCUAACAGCAAACACAACAUUUUACGAAGCGGCCUGUCGUAAACUUUCGAGGAGCGGCAACGGAAGUGCAUUUGGCUCUCAAAGGCGGGCAAUCACUCCUCGCAACGCAGACGCUGCUGCUAACCAGAACGAGGAAAGCGAGAAGGUCAACGUAUUGGUGGUUAGUAGUGGAGACGACUCGCCUCUAAUGGCAUCAAUGUCAGGCGGUGUAGAGGGUGUGAAUGCAGACUGCGGUGAUGUAGAUGAUAAAUCCUUCUCUACCGCACCAGAUCAACUCAGGGCAAUGGAGAAUGCACUGGACGAAAAGAACAGACUAGUAAUAGAAAAAAAGCCCUUGGGUCCAUGGGAUGAGGAAGACCUUGUGGAGAAACACCGGAGGAUCGCCUGA